CAGGGCCCAGAGGCUGCCCUGCUUCCUCCUUGUCCUGUGGCUGGAUAGCUCAGCUCGGGCUGAGGAGCUGGCAUGUCCUCCACGGUCGCCUCUCUGCUCUGCCUUGGGCUGUGCCUGGGCCAGAAGAUCCCAUCUGCCGAGGGGGAGCUCUUCAGACCUUCCAUUAGGGCUGUGCCCAGCUCUGUGGUCCCUUGGGGAGCAGAAGUAAGCUUCUCUUGCCAGGGCCCGCAGAGAAGCAAGAGUUUUCAGCUUUGGGAGGAUGAAAACUUCCUACUCCAGAUAAAUACCACCAGAGGGGAGGCUGCGUUCCCCUUUUCAGUCAAAGGAGCUAAUGCCAUAGGCCACUACCGCUGUCGUUACUGGCAGGGGCCCAGAUGGUCAGAGUUCAGUGCCCCUCUGCGGCUGCUGGUGACAGGAUUUUUCUCUAAACCAUCUUUACUGGUCCGACCGGGCAUCUUGGUAGCUGCAGGGGAGACAGUGACCUUCACGUGCCAGAUUUUCCUAGCCAGUGGCAUUUCAAAAUUGACCUUCUUCCUAUUGAAAGCUGGGGUACCUGACCCCUUACAGUUCCAGAGCACAGAGGAGAAGGUGGCCAACUUUACUCUCCCAUCUGUGAAGGCUGAGGAUGCUGGGAACUACAGCUGCAUUUACUUAGUGGAGGGCAGGAGGAGAGCAUCAGAUCCUAGUGAGGUCCUAAAACUGGAGGUGACAGAUGAAAAGGACACAGAUCCUCAAAGAGAAGAUGAAAAGAACACACAUCCUCAAAAAAAAGACCUCAGAGCUGCCAUGGCUGUUACUGUCACCUGUUUUUUCAUCUUCAGCCUCCUCUGUGCCCUUUUUUGCCGCUGUCCUAUCCCACACAAAAGUUCACAUGGAGACACUCCCAGGAGCCCUUCCGACAAUACAGGUGUCUCUCAGUCUGUCUCCCUCCCUACAGAGAAGAUAAUAUAUGAAGAUAUAUCCAAGGGGAGACAGAUAGAGACACAGGCCUCAGAAUCUGAAGAUCCCCAUGGAGUGACAUACUCUCAACUGAACACAGCUGCCCUCAGUGAGGGACAGAGAGUCCCGACUUCCACAGCCCCAGAGCCUUGCAUUUAUUCCACUGUGGCUUUGCAUUGAGGGGGGACUAGAGAAGCCCAUCACCCCAAAAAGGGACUGGAGCUUUGGAGGAAGAAAAGAUCAAAGAGGGAUGAGGGAAAGAAGUGAACUGGGAAUUCAAACAUCUGAAUUUGAGUAAAAAGCUCUGGAAAUGGAUUCUCAAGCCCAAAUCCCUCCCUCUUUGACCCCACUGCCCUCAGGGGGAACAUCUGACACACAGGCCACAUGCAUCCCUCAGGUCCCAUGGCACCUGGCCUGUGGCACCUUCUGUUUAUACCAAUUCUGACUAGGUUUUCUGCUGACUAGAUCAGAACUUCUUAAAACUUUUUCUAUACGUGACCUUGUUUUGCCAAGAAAUUUUUAACAUGACCCAGGUUUAUAGGUAUAUGAAAUAGGUCUACAAACCAAGAAUUCACUGAUAAGAAAUUGUCAUUUUGUGACCCCCAUAUUCAGUUAUUCAGACCCCCAUAUAUGGGGCUGCAAACCACAGUUUAAAAAUCUGGGGACCAGAUGACCUUUGCGGUCCCUCCUAAUUCUGCUUCAAUUUUGAGUUGUGAAAUACAUCAGGUUGGCAGCUAAAGCAUCUGUAACACAAGUGAUUAUUCAGUGAAUGAGCAUCCUUUUUUUAUCCUUGUGAUGCUGUCAUUGAAUAAUGAAUAAAUGUUCUGGGGGCCAGUGGGAGAAACACGUUUUGAUGCACUCCAGUCUAGGAAGCAGCUGAUGAGGGAGAAGGUCCAAAGGGGAUCAGUCCGUUCCAUAGGUUCCUUCUAUGGGCCACACAAAAGGAGUUUCCUCAGGAACAGCCUCAUGUCUCAGCAAUCAAUCAUCUUUGAUACUCCCAAAUCUAGUAGGGUCUAAACAGCGACUUCCUGUUAUUGUAGCUAGGGGCUAUGCUCCUCCCUCCCAACCAUAUUAAAAAACAGGAACAGUGGUUUCCUGCCCUUGUGGUCCAAUUUGUAGAACUGGCUGUUGCUCUAUUUUCCAGUGAGCUGGGCCAGCUCUUCUUGUCUUCCUUCCCCUUGCCCUUUCUGUCAUUUCAUUUUUACUAUUGCAUCUCCCAUUGUUAGCUAGCUAAAGAGAACUUUAUUGUUGUUCUGUCAUGUCUGAGUCUUGGUGAGUCUUGUUGGCAAAGAUUUUGGAGUGUUCCUUCUCUAGCUCAUUUUACAGAUGAAGAAACUGAGGCAAACAGGAUAAAAUGACUUGUUCAGGGUCAUGCAGCUAGGAAGACGGAAACUGGAUUAGAACUCAUGAAGAUGAGCUGUCCUGGAUCUAAGCCCAGUCACUGUGUCACCUAGCUACCUUGAACUUUGCUUACUGACCUUAAUUGGUGUGAUUCUUUAUUUGGGUAAUAAAAGUUGGGGAGCAAAAAGAGAGGCUGGAUAAUAUGGGAGACUUCUAUGGAGGAGGGUCAAAGGCUAGGAGGACUCCUUAGUCUCCUUCCCUCCCUUUCUCCCUCCCCCCUCUCUCUCCCUCUUUUUUCUCUCUCUCUCCCCUCUCUCCUCUUCCUCCCCCAUGAUGUAACUGGAUUUGUAAGAAGCAGAAAGCAAACCUGCUCAGUGGGAACAUGGAGAGUGAAAGGAAAGCUUUGCUUGGGAGGCUCUGGUUAGGCUACAUCUGAAAUGCUGGGUUCAGGUUUGGGCACCCCACUCCAGGAAAAGGAUUGGGCAGCUGGUAAGCAUACAAAGUUAGGGCCAGAGUGUUGAAGGGCCAUUGGAGAUCAGUGAAAACUUGGGGAUGUGUAGCCUGGAGAAGACAUUCCUUGGAGGAGAUUUACACAAGCAUCUUAAGUUAUUUGAAGUUAUAAUUAUUUAUUUGCCUUUAAUUAAGCUUCUCCAGUGUGCCAGGAAUCGGGCUGAAUGAUGGGGGACACAGAGACAAAUGCCAGCUGUCUUUGCCCUCUAAGAGCUCCUACUAUAUUGGGAGAAAAAACACGCUGAUAAGUACUGUGGAUAGUAAUGGAGAAAGGCACCAAAAACUCAGGGUGUCAGAGAAAUGUCUCGCACAUGAUCAGAGUAUAUCUGCUCUUGACUGACUCCCAAAAGAAGCAAUAUGUAUUAAAAGGCAGAGAUAAGUGGGGAGGAGUGGAGUCUAUGCAAGGGCAUGGAUACAUUAGAUUAAAUGUCACACACAGGGAGAAACCAGUAAGCACUACAGCAAAAAGUGUGUAAAGAGGAGAGUGUGUAACUAACUAUUUUGGACAGACAAAUUGAAGACAGAUAAUAAAAGACUUUCCAUGAGAGA